AUGAGUACUGAUGUGGAGCGCGAGCUCCAGCGCGAGGAAACUGAGCUGGCAAGGCUGGAUCACUACUCUGUGCUCGGGGUGCAGCCGGGCAUCUCCGUCGCUGACGUCUCCAAGCUGUACCGCAAAAAGUCGCUGCUGAUCCACCCGGACAAGACGAGCCAUCCGCGCGCAGUGGAGGCGUUUGAUCUGCUCAAAAAGGCGUCGAACGCGCUCCAGGACGACAAAGAGCGCAAACGGCUGGACCAGAUGUGGGCCGACGCGCGCAAGGUGCUGAUCAAGGAGAACGGCUGGACUAUUGACGACGAGCGUCUGACGACAACCGAGUUUCUGGAGCCGUGGCGCGCGAAGGUGCGCGAGCUGCUGAUUGAGGAGGAAUUCAUACGGCGAGUGGAGCUGAAAAAGCAGCAGAACGAGGAGUUAAAAAAGCGGAAGGAAAAAGACGCCGAGUUGGAGCAGCGGAAGGAGGAGAAGCGGAUUCGCGAUACGUGGGAGAGCAAGCGGGACGAGAGAGUAACGAAUUGGCGCAAGUUCACCGACAAGAACGACAAGAAGAGGAAGAAGAAGAGCGUGCUGGUGUAA